GUGGGGCCGGCCAGCAGAACCAGCGGGCUGCACAACAUCACCUUCAGAUAUGACAACUGUACCACGUACUUGAAUCCAGUGGGGAAGCACGUGAUUGCUGAUGCCCAGAACAUCACCAUCAGCCAGUAUGCUUGCCACGACCAAGUGGCCGUCACCGUUCUUUGGUCCCCGGGGGCUCUUGGCAUCGAAUUCCUAAAGGGAUUUCGGGUAAUACUGGAGGAGCUGAAGUCGGAAGGAAGACAGUGCCAACAACUGAUUCUAAAGGACCCGAAGCAGCUCAACAGCAGCUUCAAAAGAACUGGAAUGGAAUCUCAACCUUUCCUGAAUAUGAAAUUUGAAACGGAUUAUUUUGUAAAGAUUGUCCCUUUUCCUUCUGUUAAAAACGAAAGCAACUACCAUCCUUUCUUCUUCAGAACCCGGGCCUGCGACCUGCUGUUACAGCCGGACAACCUGGCCUGUAAACCCUUCUGGAAGCCUCGGAACCUGAACAUCACCCAGCACGGUUCAGACAUGCAGGUGUCCUUCGACCACGCACCACCCAGCUUUGGCUUCCGUUUCUUCUAUCUGCAUUACAAGCUCAAGCACGAAGGACCCUUUAAGAGAAAGACCUGUCGGCAGGAGCAAAAUACAGAGACAACCAGCUGCCUCCUUCAGAAUAUUUCUCCAGGGGAUUAUAUAAUUGAGCUGGUCGAUGACACGAAUACGACAAGAAAAGUGAUGCAUUAUGCCCUAAAGCCAGUGCAUUCCCCGUGGGCUGGGCCCAUCAGAGCUGUGGCCAUCACCGUGCCGCUGGUCGUCAUCUCCGCAUUCGCAACGCUCUUCACUGUCAUGUGCCGCAAGAAGCAACAAGAAAACAUAUACUCUCACUUGGAUGAAGAGAGCUCCGAGGCCUCCACGUACACUGCAGCACUGCCCAGGGAGGGGCUCCGGCCGCGGCCGAAGGUCUUCCUCUGCUACUCCAGUAAAGACGGCCAGAACCACAUGAACGUCGUCCAGUGUUUUGCCUACUUCCUCCAGGACUUCUGUGGCUGCGAGGUGGCUCUGGACCUGUGGGAAGACUUCAGCCUGUGCAGAGCCGGGCAGCGAGAGUGGGUCACCCAGAAGAUCCAGGAGUCCCAGUUCGUCAUCGUGGUGUGUUCCAAAGGCAUGAAGUACUUUGUGGACAAGAAGAACUACAAACACAAAGGGGGAGGCCGCGGCUCCGGGAAGGGGGAGCUCUUCCUGGUGGCCGUGGCGGCCAUCGCAGAGAAGCUCCGCCAGGCCAAGCAGAGCUCCCCCGCCGCGCUCAGCAAGUUCAUCGCCGUCUACUUUGAUUACUCCUGCGAAGGAGACGUGCCCGGCGUCCUGGACCUGAGCACCAAGUACAAGCUCAUGGACAACCUCCCCCAGCUCUGUUCUCACCUGCACUCGCGAGACCACGGCCCCCAGGAGCCGGGGCAGCACCCAGGGCACGGCAGCAGAAGGAACUACUUCCGGAGCAAAUCGGGCCGGUCCCUGUACGUGGCCAUUUGCAACAUGCACCAGUUCAUUGACGAGGAGCCGGACUGGUUUGAGAAGCAGUUCGUUCCCUUCCAUCCUCCCCCGCUGCGCCACCGGGAGCCAGUCCUGGAGAAGUUCGACUCGGGCUUGGUGCUAAAUGACGUCAUGUGCAAACCAGGGUCCGAGAGCGACCUCUGCCUGAAGGCCGAGUUGGCCGUGCUUGGGGCAGUGGGGCGGGCUGACUCGCAGCUCGAGGGCCAGCAGAUCAGCCUGGACGAAGAUGGGGAUCUGCGGGCCGGCUGCGAUGGCGGCCCCACCCUACAGCCCCUGCUGCACCCAGUGAAAGCUGGCAGCCCAUCGGACAUGCCCCGGGACUCAGGCAUCUACGACUCAUCCGUGCCCUCCUCUGAGCUGUCUCUGCCGCUGAUGGAGGGGCUCUCUGCGGACCAGACUGAAACGUCCUCCCUGACGGAGAGCGUGUCCUCCUCCUCGGGCCUGGGUGAAGAGGAGCCACCUGCCCUUCCUUCCAAGCUCCUCACCCCUGGGACAUGCAAAGCAGACCUUGGUUGCCACAGCUACACCGAUGAACUCCAAGCAGUCGCCCCUUUGUAACGCAGUGGGAGUCUGAGCAUUGCCACUUUAGCUGCUGCCUCUCUUUGGUUUCCAGCUGUCUCUCUGGUUGCCUGGCCCACUUGGAGCUGAGAUCUCACGCAAAGACAUUUGGAGUGAAAUUCUGGCCAGUCCUUGUCCCAGUUCUUUACCAGGUAUCUUGGCACAGUCUCCAGUUUUCUAGAAGCACAUGGAGCUCUGGAGACACAUCUGCCAGGUCUGACAACAGCAUGCCAAGUUAGCAUCAGGCCUCAGGUCAGAGCUUGUCCUGGGAGGUAGGGAGGAAAUCGGUAAAGAGAAACAGGAAAAACACCUGCACUGAUCACUCAGACUUCAUUGUGCUUGGCAACCUCUGCCUGUUCACUGUUGGCUACUUCAGUUCGAAACGCUUUCUUGAAAAAGCACUUUUCACAUCAUUACAGCCACAGAAACAAGUGCCAGUUGAAGAUGACAUUCCUACCUGAUUCCGACGUGGAACGUGUGAUGCCAUGGAUGUUAAACAAGCUUAGAGUCAGAGGUCAAGAAAGUGACGGAAAAUAUAGUCACUGGAAGUGAGUCUUCAUGCAUUAGUGAGUGACAUGGCUGGCCAAGGUGGGCUCACAGGGCCGGGCUGACCCUCUGAACCCUUCCACCCGAGAUGGAUCAGUCAACGUGCAGAAGGCCCUCGUACACAGAGCCGCCUCUGAGCCUGUGUAGGUACCGCAUGGACACUCGCAAGCGUGCCCAGCUUCCCUGGAGUACUUCACUGUGCUGUAUCUCAGAUGCUGGUGUCCG